AUGUUCACCAAAUUAAUAUCAAAAGCAGCAACGGCAAAUACCAGUCAAAAUGUUAUUACACUCAAGCUUCUGAUCGACGCAAAGAAAAAAGAGGUCAUAUUUGCUGAAGCAGGAAAGGAGUUUACAGAUUUCCUCUUCUCUAUUCUACGUUUGCCAAUUGGUACUAUGAUAAGGCUCUUCUUAACCAAUGAUAUUGGUAUGGUGGGUACCUUAGGCAAACUCUACAAAAGCUUAGAAAACCUAAGUGAAAAUUACAUGCAGUCUAAUCUCAACAAGGAUACCCUUCUCAAACCCGAGGAUUCAGCCGAAGAUGGCUCUGUGACUCAAGAAAAGCUAUACUAUUGUAGCUUCUGUAGUAAUUAUGGAAGCGAUAUCCCAAGUGCCAAUUGCCCUAAUUGCAGACGUGAGAUGAACAGGGAGUUAACUUACGUGCCAUCAUCAUCAUCAUCAUCAUCUGGGGCUGACCAGGAAGGUGGUUUCGUCAAAGGAGUGGUUACUUAUAUAAUAAUGGACGAUCUUGAAGUGAAGCCUAUCUCAAGCAUGGCUGUACUUAAUUCCUUCAAAGUUACAGAGGUUGGUGCUAUUGAGGAAAAGACUGUUUCAGUGGGGAUUGAGUUUGUUGAAGGCAUCACUGCAGACUGA